AUGGUAACAAGCCUUAAGAUAUGUGAAAACAAAAUGGACAAUCGCGGAUCUAAGUCAACAAAACUAAAAGUUAAUGUUGUAAAAGAGCAACGAGUAAACGGCAGUUGAUCAGCUAAGUCUAACUUAACUAAUUUAAGAUGUACUCUAACAGGUUUUGAAAAGAAUCGUGGUAUAAAUCACGGCUUCAACCGUCAAAUGAGUUGAAGUUCACGUGUUAAAAUCCCAUCUAAGCAAUUCCGUCUCAGCUCCGUCGUUUUUAUUCAUGGUACUUCUAAAUUGACUUCGGUGAAUCCUGGAGUUUGGUCUGGUUUAAUAGACGGAGAAGGUUCUUUUUCAAUAAUCUUAGUUAAAAAUUCAACACGUAAAUUAGGUUGACGUAUUGAACCAAAAUUUCAACUUGGUUUACAUAAAAAGAUUAUGAUGUAUUAUUACAGUUACAGCUUUUUUUUUAGGUGGUGCCGGUGGUAUCUAUUCAGCUCGGAAUGGUGAGUUUGUUAA